CUCCCUUCCCCGUCUUAUCCCCGCACCGCUCCACCUACGCACCACACGCAACGGCGCUACUCCCCCAAUUUCCACCGCUUCACCGAGCAUCUCUCGUUCGCCGAAGCCAAACCCUCCGCCCGCUAACCACCGUUCAUUCUCUUCCGUACCGGCCGCGGCGGUGCUGCUGUCGACGGCUCCCCGCGUUCGACCUCGGCGUCCGGCUGGUGCUGGGCUCGCUACCUCCCAGUAGAAGCUAGAGCACCCAACUCGCCUAAUGGCGCCGCAGCUGCAGGGCUGCUACUGGGUCUCCUCCUGGCAGCGGCUCCCACAGCCGGCCCCGUGGCCCUGCCCCGCCCACGCGCAGCGGCGGCGGGUGUUGCGCCUCGCGCCGCCGCGGCGCCCCUACGCCGGCGCGGUCCGCGUGGUCGUGGACUCGGGCCCGGCGAUGGCCCUGGAGCGCGGCGCGGCGGCGGUGAAGAUACAGUUCCCGACGAAGGAGGAUGUGGGGCGUAAGGAGGGGGAGGAGGACCUGGACGAGAGGGAGAGGCUGAGGCGGUUGCGGAUCUCGAAGGCAAACAAGGGCAACACGCCGUGGAACAAGGGCAAGAAACACAGCCCAGAGACGCUUCAGCGGAUACGCGAGAGAACCAGGAUUGCAAUGCAGGACCCCAAGGUUAAGAAAAAGCUGAUGAAUCUGGGUCAUGCACAGAGUGAGGAGACACGAAUCAAGAUAUCACAUGGAGUGAGGCAAGGUUGGAGAUUGCGUCUACAGAAAUUAAUGGUGCAGGAUGGCUGUUUUGUGGAGUGGCGGGAUAUGAUAGCUGAUGCGGCUCGAGAGGGUUUUGCUGGUGGAGUUGCCCUCCAAUGGAAUUCACAUAAAAUCUUGACUAAGCAAAUGCAGCAGGAGUGGUUGGAGAAUCUUCAGAAAAGAAGAUCGAUGCCAAGGCCAAGAGGUAAUAGACGAGCACCAAAAACUCCUGAGCAGAGGAGAAAAAUUGCAGAAGCCAUUGCUGCGAAGUGGUUAGAUCAAGAAUAUCGUGAACGUGUUUGCAGUGGAAUUGCUAGCUACCAUGGAACAUCUACUGGGACUAGGACACCAAGAAAGCCAAGGCCUGCUGGAGAACCUGGUGUGAAGAGAGAAAGAAUGAAAAAGAAACCUAUGCAAGCCAGAGCUGUCGGAUUAGAGGAUGCCCAUGGAAAACCUGCAACAGUUAAGAGAAAGAAAAGUGCAACUCCUUACAAAGAUCCAAUGGCAGGUCAAAAAUUAGAGAUGAUAACAAAGAUUCGAGCUCAAAGAACAGCACUGGGAAUAGAAAAGAAAGAAGCUAUUAAAAGGGCCAGGUCACUGAUUGAAGAAGCCGAAAAGGCUGCAAAUGCUCUUGAAACUGCUGCAGCGACAAGCCCUUUUGCUCAAGCGUCACUUAUAGAAGCUAGAAAGCUUGUUACAGAGGCAAGAGUAUCACUUGAAUGUGUUGAUGAUGAAGGGCCUGCAGAAAAUGCUUCUGAUGAUACAUCAGAGGAUUCAGCUGUAUUGGAUUUGCACAACCACGGCUUGGAUAAUCAAAAUCAGAGCAAUGCGAUGAAGCAAGAGAAUAAACCUGUAAAUGGGAUGAAAUUUCCUCCAAGCAAUGUAAAUGGCGUCAGAUUCCAUUUCGAUGUAUCUGCACUCAGUGAAACGGAACAACUAUAUCAGAGGAUAGAAAAUUCCAUGGAAAGAGCUUUUCUUCUUCCUUCACCUUCCUCAACACUUAAAGAUGUUAAUGGAGAUUAUGGAAUAAUAGAUUUUCAAGUGAGUCAAUCAAUGGUCAAUGAGACGGCAAAUCAUGAUCACAUUGCGGCUGUAUCAAUAGAAAAUUGUCCUCCAGGGACACUGGAAGAAGAGGCUUCCUCAUCUGCAGAAAAGGCUGAAAGAACAGACAACUGUUCUCCAAGGACACUGGAAGAAGACACAACCAAUUCUGAAGGAAAGGCUAAGAUGAGGUGGGUACGCGGAAGGCUGGUUAACGUAGAUAAUGUAGUUGGGUAUUCUUAAACCUAGAAGUACUUGACUAAUCUUCCCAAGAUAUCGGCAAUUGGGUUUGCUAGCUUCAGUUUAGCGACCAUUUUGUAUGCCAUUGAUAUGCACAAUUCGGGAAAUAUAUCCUGCUUACUGGGAGGAGCCAAGUAUAACCCAAUUGGUUUGGAAGGGAUUACUCAUCUUCUUGAGGGACACAUUCUUGGUUGGUCUAUUCUACCGUGGAAGGUAUGCAGGAGCAUGUUGAGCAGCCUGUUCACUUAUGAGGUGAUAUCUGUAAUUAGUAGCUGGGAGCUUAGAUCUUUUGUCCUGUGAUGUAGUCAACUCUAGGAAAAUGUUAUUCUAAUAUCAUGAUUCCAAGAAUUUAUGUCUUGAAUUACGAUAUUCUGUAGCCAUUACUGUAAUAUCGUGGUAGCUAGUGGCCGUAGCAGUUUGAUUAAAUCGAGUGUACUUGAUAUC